GUAUGCUCCGCGCGGUUUCCGGUUCGCGGCGGCGCUGCUUCCGGUGCUGUGCCGUGAGAGCUGCAGUGAGCUCGGUCCAUCCCGACGACAUGUUGUCCCGUUCCCGCUGUCUCACCCGGAGCCUCGGGCGCUCGCUCUCCGCCCUGCGACAGGGUAACAGUGCUCUCGCAAGACGGGCGACAUCAGGUAUAUCAGCGAGUCAGUGUGUCGCCGUCAAGAACCGCCCGAGCUGUGAGAGCCGGUCAAGCGUCUAUCAGAUCAGAUACUUCAACACCACGACCGCUCACAGGAAUGAAGUUAUUACAGUGAAAACACCAGCGUUUGCCGAGUCUGUCACAGAGGGAGACGUCAGGUGGGAGAAAGCUGUUGGAGACACAGUCUCUGAAGAUGAGGUCGUCUGUGAAAUUGAGACCGAUAAGACGUCGGUGCAGGUUCCCUCUCCAGCUGCAGGAGUCAUCGAGGAGCUGCUGGUUCCUGACGGAGGCAAAGUGGAAGGAGGAACUCCUCUGUUCAAACUCAAGAAAGGAGCUGGAGCUGCUAAGACGGCAGCAGCACCAGCUCCUGCAGCAGAGACUGCUCCUCCUCCUCCUGCUGCUCCUCCUGUUGCUCCUGCUGCUGCUGCUGGAGGGCCCAUCCCCACCAGCAUGCCCCCUGUACCCCCUGUGCCGGCCCAGCCCAUCCAGUCCAAACCAGUUUCAGCCAUCAAACCCACUGCAGCUCCUGCUGCUGCUGCUGACACUGACGCCGGAGCCAAAGCCGCCCGAUCAGAGCACAGGGUGAAGAUGAACCGCAUGAGACAGCGAAUCGCUCAGCGGCUGAAGGAAGCGCAGAACACCUGUGCCAUGCUCACAACCUUCAAUGAAGUCGAUAUGAGCAACAUCACAGAGAUGAGGAAACAGUAUAAAGAUGCUUUCCUGAAGAAACAUGGCAUCAAACUGGGCUUCAUGUCUGUGUUUGUGAAAGCGGCUGCCUACGCUUUGACAGACCAGCCUGCUGUUAACGCUGUCAUUGAUGACACAACCAAAGAGAUCGUGUAUCGGGAUUAUGUGGAUAUCAGUGUGGCAGUCGCGACCCCGAAGGCUCGUAAGAACGAGCUGGCUGUGGAGGACAUGGACGGCGGCACCUUCACCAUCAGCAACGGAGGAGUGUUCGGCUCUAUGUUCGGGACUCCCAUCAUCAACCCGCCGCAGUCGGCUAUCCUGGGCAUGCAUGGCAUCUUUGACCGGCCCAUGGCCAUCGCUGGGAAGGUGGAGAUCCGGCCGAUGAUGUACGUGGCUCUGACGUACGACCACCGCCUGAUUGACGGCAGAGAGGCCGUGACCUUCCUCCGAAAGAUCAAAUCUGUGGUGGAGGACCCUCGGGUGCUGCUGCUGGACAUGUGAAAGCUCUCGGACCCUCAGCCGACUCCUGCCACUCACCAAACAUCUCAUCUCACGCACAAACCCCAUCUGUACACUAGGGACGGAGGCGUCAGCGGUAGAGGGAUUGAAGGAGUGGGAUUUGCAUUGAUUGGUUUCAUGUUAAGUUGUUUUACUAUGUGUAUGUCCUCUGGGUUUUCACUGUAUUAUGAAGCAAAGCGGUCCUGUCAUUGUAUGUACAAGUCAGCGCACAAAACAUGCCCUGAGCAAUUAUUUGUUUCUAAAUGGAGAAGAAAGGAUAGUAAUAUACAGUAUAUCAUAUUUAAUCUCUUCAGUGUGAAAUGAUGGGAGCAGCUGAGCAGAAACGCUAUGUUCCAGUGAGUUUUUGUACACGAGACCUCGAGGUGUCCCAGACGAUCAGAUCCCGUCUGCCUGUGUAAAGAACCAAAACUAUAUGAGAUUUUAAACAAUAAAAUCAAUGAGAUGCUGAUGCUCUCUCACGUC